AGGCUUAAUUGUAAUUAAAAUUUUUUGAUUCAGAAACCAACGUGAUAAGAGGUCACAAGUGUGAAUCUCAACCACCCCUUAUUUAAAGAUAUAUAUUUAGCAUUACAUAUGAGGAGGGCCGGUGCUGCAUCCACACUUCUAGCUUAGAGUGCUCUCGUGUGAAGGGGCGUGAUAGAAUAAAUAACAUAUUUUAGUACACAUUCAGCAACUUAAACUUUUGGUUGAAUUGGUUCAUUCACAAAUAAUUCAAAAAACUUUUACAUGACAUGAACGACCAAUUGCAGAAAUGUCAAUGAAAUAUUAAAAGUAUAUACAUUUAUGUGAGUGAUAGAAAGAGAUGAAAAAGGAAGAAGAGAAUAUACCCAAGAAUGAAAAGCAAACAAGGAAUUAAAAAAUCUUGGUGAAGAAGGAAAUUAAGGAAUGGGUUGGAGUAAGAGUGAUGAACACGAAUUACAAACACCACUAUGUGCAAAUUGAUAUUGGUAUUGUUUCAAUCUUAGGAGACCCCUCUCUCUCUAUAUGUAUAUAUAUAUACCCAAUUUGGAAUCAGUUGCACCAUAACAUUAACCAUACAUCAUCAUCAUCAUCAACUUAUUGUAUUCAUAACCAUACAAUCAAAUUAAACUAAAUCAAAUCAACGAGGAUGAGUUAUAUGAGAUCAAGAGGUGGACGCUUAAGAUCUGGCGAUCGUCCCCAGUAUGAAGAUUUUACGCCUGCUUCUGAAUGGAACCAUGAACAAGGAGCUUCUAUUUUACUUUUCCAUCUACCUGAAUUUAAGAAAGAAGAAAUUAGAAUAAUAUCUGAAAAUGGAGUUUUAAGAGUAAGAGGAGAACGACAUGGUGGUGGUAAUAAAUGGAUUCGUUUCCAAGAAGAGGUUGUAGUGCCACAAGAUUGUAAGAUCAAUGAGAUUCGAGCCAAAUUUGAAGCUGGAAUUCUUAGAAUUAUUAUGCCCAAAAACAUCAUCAAUCCUUCUACAAAUCAAGAACAUAGCAAAACAAGAGAACCAAGCGCACCAAAACCUCAAGAUCAGUUCCAACAGGAACACUUUCCCAAACCCACAUUGCCUAGCCUUAAACAUCCUAUGGCUGCUCGAGAACCCAAAAACUUACCUCAAAUACCUUCAACUGCAACUGCAGCAGCACCUGCAAAACCCCAAAACUUGCCUGAAGCAACUGUAACUGCAGCUGCAGCACCACCUGCAAAACCCGAAAACUUACCUGAAGCAACUGUAUCUGCAGCUGUAGCGGCACCUGCAAAACCCGAAAACUUACCUGAGGCAACUAUAACUGCAGCAGCAGCACCUGCAAAACUCGAAAACUUACCUAGAGCAGCAUUUACAAAACCUGAAAACUUACCUGAAGCAGCUAUUCCUUCUGAUGUUGUUGAUCAGGAAAAGAAGAGCAUUAGUGAAUUUGACAGGUUUGCUAUUCAAACAGGGGUUAAAAUGCCCUUAUUACAGAGGUUGGAUGAAGAUAGAAAACUAUUGGUGAAUAUGGGUGCUGCUGUAUUAGUCAUUGUUGCACUUGGAUCCUAUAUAGCUAACUCCUUUGCACCUGGUUCUAUUGGUUGAAAAUUAAAAUACACAACUAUAUUACUCGUUAAUAAUAAUGUAAGAGCAGCUUGUGUAAGAACUGCAUGUAACAUUUGAUUAAUUAUUGUGCAUAAAUAAUCAAUUUGUUUGUUCUAGCAA